AUGGAUAAUAUUUUAGAGAACGUAUCUUUUACUGGACAUUCUGUCUUUUACAACUUUACUGACGAUUGGAUACCUGCUGAAAGAGAAACUAUUGAUUUUAUUAUAAGAUGUGUCAUACCGACUGUGUAUAUUCUGAUCAUAACGAUUGGAUUGUUGGGGAACAUUACCUUGGUUAAGAUUUUUAUCACCAACAGUGCAAUGAGGAGCGUCCCCAACAUAUUUAUUUCGAGUUUGGCAGCUGGGGAUCUUUUGCUUUUGGUCACUUGUGUUCCAGUGGAUGCGUUUAGAUACUUCUUUGAGGAGUGGAUCUUCGGUGUUGUGGCUUGCAAACUAAUUCCGGUCAUUCAACUCACUUCAGUCGGAGUCUCGGUGUUCACUCUCACUGCACUAAGCGCGGACAGGUACAAAGCCAUUGUGAAUCCUAUGGACAUCCAGACAUCCAGUGCCGUGUUCUGGACAUGUCUGAAAGCUGUGUCCAUCUGGGUGAUCUCCGUCCUGCUGGCGGUGCCCGAGGCCAUCUUCUCCCAGGUAGUACACAUCCAGGACAAGAAUGUGACCUUCACUGCCUGCGUGCCCUAUCCCCUUUCCAACGACAUGCAUCCCAAGAUCCACUCCAUCCUCAUAUUCCUGGUGUACUUCCUGAUUCCCCUGGGGAUCAUCUCUGUAUACUACUUCCACAUCGCCAGGACUCUAGUCAAGAGUGCUCACGACAUGCCUGGAGAGAUCAGUGAGCACACGAAGAGACAGAUGGAGACGAGAAAACGGCUGGCCAAAAUUGUUCUGGUUUUUGUGGGCCUCUUUGCUCUUUGCUGGUUCCCCAACCAUGUCUUGUACAUGUACCGCUCCUUCAACUACCGUCAGAUCGACUCCUCUCUGUCGCACCUCAUCAUCACCCUGCUGGCCCGGGUGCUAAGUUUCUCCAGCUCCUGUGUCAACCCGUUUGCCCUCUACCUGCUGAGCGAGAGUUUCCGAAGGCACUUCAACAGCUCACUGCACUGCAAGAGGAAGCCCCACCACGAACGCAACACUAGCUACCUGCAGCAUACCUCAGCCAUAAGAAUGACCUCCAUCAAGAAGACCACCCCUACUGUCAUCAACGGACAUGGCAACAGGCAGGAGGUCACUCUGUAGGUUUAGGAUGUCACCUGAUGACAUGUAAGUGUUGGGAGUGGAACCAAAAAAAGGUUAAGUGCAAAGCUUUUACAAGGAGAACUAUUAUGAAAAGGUCAUGCAUGUGUGCUAAACAGAAAAUGCUUUGUUUGAAGCUGUCUUGUCUAUACGUUCCCCACAAUGCCACAUAUCACUGCUGAUGAGAUGAUCACCCAUGAACUUGUCAACAAAUCUGUCUUGAGAGAUUCCGGUAUCCACAAUGUUCCAUUUUUCAUGUUUUGUUGUGUCAAUCUACAUGUUUCACUUUACACAGUUUGCAUAGAUAUAUACUGUCUGCGAAGCAAGCUGUCCAAACUGCAAACCCAAAGAGCAGGUAGUUGCUCCCAUGACAGGAAAUCUAUGUCCCUGUGUUUUUAUUUAUUUAUUUCAUCUUUAUUUAACCAGGUAGGCUAGUUGAGAACAAGUACUCAUUUGCAACUGCGACCUGGCCAAGACCAAACAAAGCAGUU